AUGAAAUAUCAAGAGAAAGGUAAAAUUAAAAUAUUACCAAAACCAUCACCUGGUCCUUCACAAUCUUCUCCGCCAAUGGUGAAGAGGAAACUGGUGUCAACAAAUUCUGUACCAAAAAUUAAAAAACCUGAUACUCCAAAAAGACAAACGGGUCAUAGACCAGUUACCAGUUGUACAUUUUGUCGUCAACAUAAGAUUAAAUGUAAUGCUUCAGAGAAUUAUCCAAAUCCAUGUCAAAGAUGUGAAAAAAUGGGGCUAAAAUGUGAAAUCGAUCCACAAUUUAGACCUAAAAAGGGAUCACAAAUUCAAUCAUUAAAACUGGAUGUUGAUGAAUUGAAAGCUAAAAUUGAAAUGUUGACUAAAAAUGAAUCUUUUCUUACACAAGCUUUAAAUCAACAUAAUAUGAAUUUUUAUACUCCAGAAGUUUCACCAAUUACAACUAUUCAACAAAAUAUACCGUUAACUAAUAAUACUGACAUUUCUCCAAUUACCCCAGAAAUUAUUCCAAUACAAGAAUUUACAUUAGGAGAUGUUACAAUACCUUUAUAUAAAGCUAAUGAAUUACAUGAUAGAUUUAUGACUAAAAAUUUACUAUUUUUACCAAUUAUAAUGUCAAGAUCAGCGACAGAAUUAUACCAUAAAUCUCAAUUAUUAUUCUGGACAGUUAUUUUAACUGCUAGUUUAUCAGAACCAGAACCAACUUUAUAUAUGUCAUUAGCUUCUUUGAUUAAACAAUUAGCUAUAGAAACUUGUUGGAUUAAAACUCCAAGAUCAACACAUGUUAUACAAGCAUUGAUAAUAUUAUCAAUUUGGCCAUUGCCUAAUGAAAAAGUCUUGGAUGAUUGUAGUUAUAGAUUUAUUGGAUUAGCUAAAAACUUAUCAUUACAAUUGGGAUUACAUAGAGGUGGUGAAUUUAUUGAAGAAUUUAGUCGAAAUCAAACUAAUCUUGGUCCAGAUGCUGAUUGUUGGAGAACAAGAUCAUGGUUGGCUGUAUUUUUUUGUGAACAAUUUUGGUCAUCAUUAUUAGGAUUACCACCAUCAAUUAAUACUACAGAUUAUUUAAUCGAAAAUGCAAGAGUUGAUCAAUCAUUACCAAAAAAUUUUAGAUGUUUAAUAUCAUUAUCUAUAUUUCAAUGUAAAUUGGUAAAUGUAAUGGGUGUAAGUGUAACAAGACCCGAUGGUUUAUUAGAACCUCUGAAUAGAGCAGGCUCAUUAGGACUACUAGAUCGUGAAUUAGAAAGACUUAUAUUUAAAUUACAAAUUGAUGAUCCAACUAUAGAAGUUUAUUAUUUGUAUAUAAAAUUGAUGAUUUGUUGUUUUGCAUUUUUACCUGGUACACCAAUUGAAGAUCAAGUUAAAUAUGUGAGUCUGGCAUAUUUAUCAGCAACAAGGAUAAUUACUAUCGUAAGUCAUUUAGAAAUUUCAUUAAUUGAAUUACCUAUAUAUAUAAGACAAUCAAUUACUUAUAGUGUUUUAUUAUUAUUUAAAUUGCAUUUAUCAAAAUAUUUAAUUGAUAAAUAUUUUGAUUCAGCAAGACAAUCAAUAGUUACAGUUCAUAGAUUAUUUAGAAAUACUUUAAGUUCAUGGAAAGAUUUACAAAAUGAUAUUUCAAGAACUGCAAAAGUUUUGGAAAAUCUAAAUAUGGUUUUAUAUACAUAUCCAGAACUUUUCAAAAAUGAAGGUAGUAUAAUUACAAGAAUGAGAUCACAUUUAACAGCUUCAUUAUUUUAUGAUUUAGUGUGGUGUGUUCAUGAAGCAAGAAGAAGAACUCAAGAUAAAGUACCUAAAUCUGAUAAUGCAUUACCAUUACCAUUCUAUAAUCAAAUUACAAAAGAUGAUUUUAAAACAAUGGUAAUGACAACUCCAAAUGGAACUACAAUUACAACAUUAGUACCUACAGAUCAAGCAUUAAAUCAAGCCAGAUCAAAUGGAGAUGAUAAGACUAUAAAUGGUAUACCAUUAUCAAUGUUGGAAUCAACUGGAAGUGUAAAUGAAGAUUUAGUACUACCUUCACAGCCAGUAAUGCCACCAAUGGAAGAUAUGGAUUUCUUACAACAAAAUUGGGAAAAUCAAGAUGAUGAUUUUUUGGGGUGGUUUGAUUUAAAUAUGUUGAAGUAA